AUGGAGGAUAAAGACGAAGUUUUACAAUUUCAUGAAAUGGGCCUCGAUGAUCGAAUUCUCCAGGCCAUUGCCAAACUUGGAUGGGGCCAACCAAUGCCGAUACAAGAACAGGCGAUUCCAUUAGCUCUAGAAGGAAAAGACAUUUUGGUCAGAGCAAAAACUGGAUCUGGCAAAACAGCUGCAUUUGCAAUUCCUCUUAUCCAGAAGGUCCUUUUAGAAAAACAGACAGCUGUAGAGCAAACCGUAAAAGCCAUAAUUCUGACUCCAUCCACUGAACUUUGCAAUCAGGCUUGCCAAAACAUUCAGAAACUCAGUAUUUGUUGUUCCACUGAAGUACAAUGUGUUGAUGUCAGCCCAAAAGUUCCUCUUCCAGUCCAAAAACCUCUUCUGAUUGAAAGGCCAGAUAUUGUAAUUGGGACCCCAACACGAAUCUUAGCCCACAUUAAUGUGGGCAAUUUAUCUAUAGCAGAUUCAAUGGAGAUGUUGGUGAUUGAUGAAGCUGAUCUUCUCCUUUCAUUUGGUUAUGAAUCUGAUAUGAAAGCUUUAAUGAAACAUUUUCCUCGUAUCUAUCAAUCCUUUUUAAUGUCAGCUACAAUGAGUGAUGAUGUCUACACACUGAAAAGAAUGGUUCUUCACAAUCCUGUAACAUUAAAACUUGAAGAAAGUCAUGUUCCUGAGCAGUUGAUGCAAUACCAUAUAAUGGUUGAAAAAGAAGACAAAUUUGCUUUGCUUUGUGCUCUUUUUAAACUUGGUUUGGUACGAGGAAGGACUUUAAUCUUUGUUAAUUCUGUUAAUCAAUGUUACAGACUGAAAAUGUUCCUACAGCAGUUUGGUAUAAAAUCUUGUGUGCUCAAUUCAGAAUUGCCUGUUUCUUCAAGGUGCCAUAUUGUUGAAGAAUUUAAUAGAGCCAUUUAUAACAUCAUAAUUGCUUCUGACGAGCAAGUCUUUCAAGAUGUGCCAGAAAACAAAGACAGCAAAAAGAUGAAAAAGAAGUCACAAAAUGAAGAAUCUGGCGUUUCACGAGGAAUUGAUUUCCACAAUGUGGCUAAUGUCAUCAAUUUUGAAUUCCCAAGCUCUGUGAAUGCCUAUAUACACCGAAUUGGAAGGACAGCUCGUGGGAACCGAAAAGGAACAGCUUUGUCUUUUGUGGAAAUUACAGAUAGAAAAGAUUUUGAGGAUGUAAAAGAAUUUAUGCUAAAAUCGAAAAAAGAAGAAAGUGCCUUUAAACCAUAUAACUUCCGGAUGCAAGAAAUUGAAGGGUUCAGAUACAGAAGCAAAGACGCUUUGAGGAUGUGCACUCGAAAAGCCAUUAAGGAAGCUAGGUUAAAAGAGAUUCGUCAGGAGCUUCUCAAUUCUGAAAAAUUGAAGACUUAUUUUCAAGACUAUAGUCGGGACAGACAAGUUUUGCGUCAUGACAAAAAAUUAAAAACAAGCUACAAACAGCUGAAACUUGACCAUGUACCUGAUUAUAUUGUACCCAAAGGUUUGAAGAAUGCUGUGCCACAAAAUAAUUCCAAACGUUCUUUUGAUUCAAGAGAAAGUAAGAAUCAAAAAGACACAAGUGAACAGUCACACCAUUUCAAUAGGAGAAAGUUUGACAAUAAUUUGAAACGGAAAUCUGAUCCCCUGAAAGAUUUUACAUUUCAUUCCUACAGUGGUAAAAAGAAGAAAGUCAACUAA